UAGAGAGCAUGUGUUUAACAAUAAUUUUCUCCAAAAAUAAUUAUAAACACUGUCAAACAUUGUCAUUUCUCAAUAUUGCCAAGUGUUGAAUGUUCAAUCCGGCAAAAUGUCAGUUGUAUCAUCAAGAUCAACAACAACCAGUGUAUCAUCAAUUUUAAAAAAUUCAGAACUAAGAGUUAAAUUAAUAGCUCAAAGAAAUCGUGUUAAAUUUAAAUUACCAAAAAAUUUAAAAAACAUUUUAAUUAAUUAUGAAGAUGGUAGUGAUAAAAGAUCUUAUAAGGAUUUUAUUUAUACACUUACAGAAUCAGUCAUCAAGGACAAUGAAUUUUUAGAUUUAUUUAAUCAAGUUAAACAAUGCAUAUCACAAUUAGGUCCACAACAUAAAAUAAUAAUUGAAGCAUUGUUAAAUAUAAAUUGGACAAACAGAUGUCAAGAUGCAAUAAAUGUUUAUAAAAUAUUUAUCGAAGAUUUAAUCUGCAUUCAUAUUGAGCAUUGUAAAAUAAUUAUUGACAAGCUUGUUGGUCAAUUUAAACCAAUAUCACCAGAUGCUGAUGAAUGGCCAGAUGGUGAACCAAGAGAACAAGACCUCGAAAGAUUAUCUCACAUUCACGACGUGAUCUUAAAAAUUUUAAAAAUAAUUCCAAUGUCAAAUAGUAUACUUCUUCAGGUAUUAUCAUCAAAAUUUCCAUACAUGAAAGCAACAACUCACAUGCAUGAAAUUUACAUCAGUUCAUUGCUGGAAAUAAUAAUUUAUAUACCAGAAAAUCGUCGUGAAAUUUUAUCUCUCAUAAUAAACAAGCUGGUUAUUCUUGAUGUUCAUGCACCACGUUCUCAACUUGAAUCAUCCACUGAUGAUAAACAUUUAGAAUCACUGAAUGAUAAAAUAAAAUUAGAAAAUGAUAAUAAAAAUAUUCACCAAAUCGGUCAUACACUGGAUGUAUGCAUGAAUAUUUUAUUAACAUUUAUUAAUAAAACAUGCUAUGAAAAUAAUAUGUUAAAUAUUGAAACAGCAAAGCUUUUAUACUUUGAUAUUAUUGAUAUAUUUGAAAAAUCAAUAUUAACAACAUACCAAAGUAAUCAUGUACAAUUUAUAAUUUUUUAUAUAACAAGUUUUAAAUUAGUAUUUAUUGAAAAUUUUUUAAAUUUAUUAUUAAAUAAAAUUAUGAAUCCAAAUGUAGCUUUAAUAAUAAGACAAGCAUCAGCAAGUUAUCUUGCAAGUUAUGUUGCAAGAUCAAAUUUUAUAUCAAUUGAAAUGAUUAAAAGUAUUAUUUAUGAUUUAAAAAAUUGGAUUGAUAAUUAUAUAAAAUCACAAAAUUCAUAUGAUGGUAUUAAUAUUAAUAUGCAUAAUAUUUUUUAUACAAUUUGUCAAUCAUUAUUUUAUAUAAUAUCAUUUAGACAUAAAGAUUUAACAAUUGACAAAAAAAAUAUAGUAUUUCUUGAAAAUUUAAAUUUAAAUAAUAUUAUAACAUCAAAAUUAAAUCCAUUAAAAUAUUGCUUGCCAAAUAUUGUUAAAAUAUUUUCAAUGGUUACAAAAUUAUUACAAAUUGCAUAUUGUUUUAAUAUUAUUAAUAAUAAUAAUAAAAAAAAUUUACCAAUUUUAAAAAAUUCAAAUUUUUCAUGUAAUUUUAAAAUUGAUACAUUUUUUCCAUUUGAUUAUUAUAAUUUAAAAAUAAGUGGUAAAUUUAUUUUACCAUUGUUUAAACAAUAUGAUGGUUGUGUUGUUUAUGAUGAUGAUAAAAAUCUAGAUAAUAAUCAAGUCGAUAAUGAUGAUGAUGAUUUUAUUUUAGAAUCUUCUAAUGACAAAACGAAAAGUAUUAAAGAUAAAAUUAUUUGCGAAAUUUCGAUUUCUUUGUAAAUUAUUUAAUUUCGAUUUUUAUUUUAUUCUAAAUAUUUCUAUUACAAAAGACUAAAACAAAAUAAUUAUAUAAAGUAUAAUUUUUAAAAGUAAAUUAUACUUUUUUAUACUUAUUUAUAAAUUGACUGAAAUUUAUAAACUUUUUUUUUUUAGUUUUGAAAAGUAUUUAUUUGUGUUUAAAUAAAAAAAAAUAUAUAUAUGUUAUUGUAAAACUGUGUGAUGUAUUGUCUACUUGAUAAAUAAAAUAUUUUAUCAUUAAUAUAUAGAUAAUAGCUAUUUUUAUACUUUUAACUUGAAAUUAUUAUUUUUAAAAAAAAUACUAAUGGCUAUUUUAUCUAUUCAUUUUUUUAACAGCUCACUUAAUCUUUAGUUUUAUAAAAAAAAAAAAAGGAAUUUAAUUGUCUUGGUUUAGUUUCAGCUGUAAAGCCACGGUGAUAUUUAAAAAAAAUUAAAUAUUACAUUAGUCUACUCAAGGUUGAACAUAAAAAUGAAUACAAAAUUA